AUGCCCAUUCAUUCACUUGGUGGACGUUCGACAACAACCCCGUCUCUGCCUCAAUUCACGUCCUUUCGCCUUUACUUUACUGCAUCUCAAGUUGCCUUCAACAGCGUGUUCCUCAACUCUAUAAGACUGACAAAGACGGCCUUCUUAGACUGAAAAAAGUGAAAUUUUUAAUAACUUUGAUAACAUUAUCCAAACAACAAAACAUUACAAGUAGCACAAACCAAUAGUUUGAAUUUUCAUCGGACAACAUUGCUUCGGUUUACAAGAGACAACAAGUAUAGCAGAACAAACAAAAAGUGUCUGGUGACGGAAUAAAACCUUCGUGGGAAUUUUGUGCUCCUGAGAUCGAGACAUAUUUAUGACUGAUAUGUUCGAGAUGUUGGUACAACGAAGUAAUCCAGUCACACCCCUUACACCAGUGUCCACCCCUCCCGGACCCCACCACCAUCACCACCACCAUGCCUCGGUCGACCUUUCCCCAAGAAGUUCCAACUCAAGUUUUGGCUCUGACGGCGUUCUUCACCACAAUGAAUCACUCCAUUCGCCCAACCAUAACAAUAACAGCAGCAGCAAUAGGACUGAAGAGCUAUCGGCCCUUCAGCGUCUUCAGGUUGCACUGGCGAGGGAUGGACUAUUUUCAUCCAUGACAUUCGAACAUGUUAAACGCGAAAGUAAUCCGGAUAAUCCUGAUGGAAGAAUGCUUGUAAAUCCAUGCUCAGGUAGUUCAAGCUCCAGUCUGGGAAAUAGUCCUGACGAAGAUGCAAAUGAUGGUGGAGAGAUCCCUUCACCACCAUCUUCGAAUGGGUUGAAAACUGCAACUCCAACGACAAGUCCAACAAGCGAUGCAAACGGUUCGAACAUUUUUGAAUGCCCACUUUGUUCUGUGGUUUGUAACUCCAGACAUGAUUUCAACGAGCAUUUGGUGACCCAUUCUCAGCAAUUCGCUUGCCCAAAGUGCACUUUCUUUUCGGAUGAUGAGACGAAACUGAGGGAACAUGUUGCAGAGUCUCAUGAUGCGAGUGACUUGGAUGUUCUUACUGAUGACGACGUACGAACACCAAAAACUAAUUCACAGGGAAAGAUGAAGACCUUUAAGUGCAAACAGUGUGGUUACCAUGCUGUGACAAAAAUGGACUUUUGGGAACAUACAAAAGGUCACAUUCGCACAGAAAAGAUGCUUACCUGUCCCAAGUGUCCUUUCGUCACAGAGUACAAGCACCAUUUGGAGUACCAUCUGCGAAACCAUUUUGGCUCCAAGCCAUUCCAGUGCACAAAAUGCUCAUAUUCUUGCGUCAACAAGUCAAUGCUCAACUCUCACCUCAAGUCUCACUCUAAUAUUUAUCAAUAUCGAUGUGCCGAUUGUUCGUACGCAACAAAAUACUGCCACAGUUUGAAACUUCAUUUAAGAAAAUAUGAUCAUAAACCGUCCAUGGUCCUUAAUCCUGACGGCACACCCAACCCAUUGCCAAUUAUUGAUGUGUAUGGAACUAGGCGAGGUCCCAAAAUCAAACGACAAGAUCCCGAAUCCCCGUGUGAUAUGGGCUCGACCACUCUGUCCCCCAUUACCCCAAAGGAAAAAUCAAAGAAUCAACGAGCCACAUCAAGACGCCAAGCCAAGGGGAUUGAUAGUUUGGGUGGUGAUAGCCCAAAAAUCAAGACGGAGACUUCCAACAACACUCCACCCAUUUCCCCUCCUCAAUUUGCCCCUCGCGAUAUCAAGCAAGAGUUUCCUGUGUCCCCGACAUUGUACCAGCAUCAACACAUUGUUAUGAGUCCCAACAACCGGAAUAAUAGUCAUCCUGUUGACGAGAAACCAUUCAUGUUGAGCAAUGAACAAAUGAGUGCUAACCUGCUUAUGCAACAAUUUCCCCAUGGUCUCCCCAUUCAUAUGACUUCACAGCUAAAUCCUGCCAACCUGCAACAACUUUUGAUCCAAAAUUCAGUUAAUGGAUUAAAUGGCCAGAAUAAUAACAACCUGGCUGCACUUCAAAGUCUAUUGAUGCAAAACUCUGUCAAUAUGCCGGGUUUAGAACUCCUGGGGAAAAACCCAAUGGAACUAUAUGCCACAGCCUUGAAUCAAUAUAUGGUAGCCAAUAAUCCAGUCAUGAAUCUAUCGAAACUUGUUGAAGAACAAAGGACACUACUCGUCUCUCAACUUCUUCAUCAACAGCAACAACAGCAAUCUCAAGUAAUUAAAACUCCUCCAGCCGAGGCCCCCCAGCAGCAACGAUCUCCUCACUUGAAACAUCCCACAACUCCACUUACUAACGUGCACGCACUCGAUUUACGAAAUAAACGUCCGGCUGAGCCGACAUCGUCUGAAGCAGUUGCAGCGCCUGAAGAUGCGAAGAAGCGCAAGAGGAAAGGGAAGGCUCUAAGAUAUGAUCGGAACAAGGAAGAGUAUGACAUGAGUAGUAACGUUCACAACCAAGUCUUGGAUUUUAGCAAUAAUAAUUAUACCACCACAAACCGUAAUGUUCACAACGGAGAAUCUAAUAAGACAGAAUCUACUAAAAAAGCUGAUGUUGAUUCUGAAAAUUAUAUUUGUAAAUACUGUGACAUUGCCUUUCCCCCAGUUCUCUACGCUUUGCACAUGAGAUUCCACUCCAGCGAUGCCGAUCCGUUUCGAUGCAACGUUUGUGGAACCAAGUCUUCAGAUAAAGUCUCAUUUUUUGUUCAUUUAGCAACGGCUUCACACUAAACCCACUGAGAGUGGUAUAGAAAUAAGUACUGUUUAUAAUUAGUUUUACAAUUAUUAAUUGUUUUCUAGUCUUUUCACUUUGGCAAUGUAAUAAUAAUUAGACAAUAGGUAUAAUAGCUAUGUAUCUGUCACCUUAAGUACAUAAGGUGAAGACAGGUGGAUAGUCGAAAUUUGUACACUACUUGCUCAUCUUAAUAUACAGAAUUCUGUAUAUGCAACAAUUUUUGUCGACCAAUACGGGUAUGUUGGAGCUUAAAAACACGGGUUCGUCGUAAGGUAUUUAUUUACAGAUAGUUAAAAAGUAUAAGUAAUUGACUUUUAAACCAAGUCACUCAAAGUUCGGUCUUACGGGUAUGGACUGUUUAUAUAUUUAUGUAAUUAUAUUAUAUUUACAUCAGUAGUUAGUAAUUUUCUAUCAUUUUUAUUUGGGACAGUUGUUUGGCAGAAAUAAUUUGUUAAUUUCCUGAAUUAGUAAAUCUGUAAAUCAGAACUCACAACUCUAUGCAACUUACUCAUCAUUUCUUGUAGCUUACCGUUCAACCAUGUUAUUGUAGUGUAGUUUAGUAGUGUGUAGUCGAAAAAAAUUGAAAGGUAAUUUAAUUAUAUAAUUUGACAACCAAAUUGACAUGCAAGGACGUAAAAAUAAUGGUUGAACAGUAGUCUAAAAAAAAUUAGUUUUGAUAAUGAACGCCUCGUCAAAACUGGCAGAGACACAUCGAAAGUUCCUAUUUUGUGAAUAGUAGUAUUAGAUCAAUUAGUAUUAUUAUUGACAAAAUAUUCUAAUAAAAUUCGAAUAUUUAUAUUUUCAAACUAUUUUCAUACAUGAUGACUAAAACGUAUUUGUAUUUUAGUCGUUAGUUCUGAUACGUAAGACAAAGAGAUCAUAGAUAUGUAGAUGUGUAGCAUAAAAGUAUUUGAUAACUUAUAUUUGUAAACGUAGGAGUCUGAAAAAUAUAUCCUUCUGUUUUGUGCUAAAUUCUUCCAUUUGUGCUAAUGUAUUAUGCAGUUUUUGUGCUUUAUUUAUUGAGUAAGAGUAAUGUCAAGUUUACGUGUGAGUCAGUUUAUGUUUAAAUUGAAAUUGGUCGAGGUAAAGGCCUAGUCCGUAUUAGCACCUUGAUUUUAUGUGAUUUCUUUUUUUGAGAAAUCUAAAGUGGAAUCUAGAUAUGAAGUAUAAUUAUAUUGUUAACCGUUCUUCCUUAUCAAAGUCUUAUGUUAAAACAAAUUAAUUAAAAACACUGAAACCUAUACGGAGGAUUUCUAUUACGGAGUGAUGUCCGUAAUUAAUAUAAAUAGCUCGAAUAUGUAAAAAUAAACUCAAGUUGUUUAUUCAUCAGAAAAA